GCUUAGUGCGGAGCGACAGACCAGGUAGAUACACACAGCGUUACGCAACUCCCUCACAAACAACAAGCUAUGAGAUUUGUUUUAAAUACAUAAAAUAGACUGCAUCGGCCUAUGCGCCUUCUUACAGAGGUAACGGUGGUUCAUUCCUAAAGAUGUUAACGACGUGCUGAGUCAUCGAUUAAUAUAAAUUAUCUUAGCAGGUAUGGAAUGGUGCUUGUAUGAUUUUUUAAAAAAAAUAUGAAUAUGUUCGUUUACUCAGGAAAGUCUCAGUGAGUCUUCUGACUCUUUGUCAGGAGGUUCCUGCCAAGUUUUUGCAGGAGGAGGGGCUCGAUGCUUGCUGUUCAUAAUCCCAAACAAGUAAUUUCAGAAGAAUCUAUUCUUUGCUUUUGUAUAUCUCUAAAUGUACGUUGGCACGCGUCAGCGUGACUCUUCCAGCCACGAGCGGCCGCUAUUCGCGACAACAAUGGAAGGGGAAAAUAACCACGAAGUAGAACGACCUUGAAACGCGGGGCCCGUGAAUCCGUAGACCACCGCGGAGAGGCAAUCCACGAGCGCGGUCUGAACGCGUCUCUGUGCCCCACGCCUCGCUGUUCACUUUCGAUCUUCUCAGCGCAACCAUGAGCGAGGUCUCGUCAGCGCCUUCCUCCUCCGAACAACAACAACAGCAGCAGCAGCAAUCGACGGCGGCGGCUGUGAAGCACAUCACCGUGUACAAGAACGGCGACGCAUACUUCUCGGGCCGGCGCUUCGUGGUGAACGCCAAGCAGGUCGGCUCCUACGAGAACCUGCUGGGGGUUCUCACUCGAGGGCUCGGGGCCAACUUCGGUGCGGUGCGCUCCGUGUUCACGCCCCGCGGCGGACACCGCCUCUCGGCUCUCGGCGAGCUGAGCAGCGGUGGCGAGUACGUGGCGACGGGUACUGAGCGCUUCAAGAAGCUCUCGUACAAGCAGAAUGGAGCAAAGAAGGAAAACCCUCCUCGGAAGGAGACAAACUCAGAGGAAAAAUCCGUAUGUGUUUCAAAACACAUAUUCUGUCUCUUUCUCACCCCAGAUCUGCCGUCCCAGCCUCGCCGCCACCGCGUCGUCUCCUCGCGCUGGAAGAGGCCGACCGAGGAGCCUAUCACCAUCUUUGUGUUUACUAACGGAGACGCAGUCCGGCCUGCAGUCCGCAUACUCCUCACACAGAGGAUUCUGGGUAAUUGGGAGAAUGUGCUCAAGGUCGUGACAGACAGGGUCGACCUACGCACUGGGGCUGCUCGCAGGCUGUGCACUCUGGACGGCACCGCCGUCAUGAGCGGAUCUUUCCUGGAGAGUGGCCUCCAUUAUGUUGCCGUCGGAAAAGAAAAGUUUCGGAAUCUUCCCUACGGCGAAGUUCCACACCCAAAAUACUUCCCUCAGCCAACGAACGGGCCCAAACCUCUUUUCCUGCCUCCAAUUAAAAAGAAGCUAUCGAGAACGUCUGGGAGAUCUGAUUACACCGCUAACUUGAGGGAGACAUCCUCCCAGCGGGAGGGAGCUUUCUCUGGUGACGAAGACAGAAGUGUCUUCCAAGCAUCGGAGAGCAGAGAAGAUAAUAACGACGUUACAGAGGUGUCAGAAGAUAAAGACACAAAAGUUGAACUACCUAUUGACCAGCUCGUGGCAGAGAUUGUGGAAGAGGAGAUGGAGGAGGAAUGUCAUGAGCGACGGAAAUCUCCACGUCACCUUGUACGUGGCGCGCUUGCCAGGGGCCGUCAUGACUCCCCGCCUAAUUCCCCACGUGACUCCCCAAAAGACUGCGCUCGUAACUAUCUACGUGACUCCGUACGUGACUCCCCACGUGACAAUGCUCGUGCCUCGCCAAAUAACCGCACUCAUGACUCUCUGAGAAGGGGUCGUCGUGACUCCCCAGAUGACUCCCCACGUGACUCCCCACGUGACUCCCCAAAUAACCGCAAGCGUGACUCUCCAAGAAGGAACCGUCGUGACUCCCCAGAUGACUCCCCACGUGACUCCCCUCGUAACUCCCCACGUAACCGCAAGCGUGACUCUCCGAGAAGGAAACGUCGUGACUCCCAACAGAAGUCUCCACGUAACUCUCCUACUAGGAGCCCACGUGAAUAUCCACGUGAAUCCUCUAGGGUACAGCGUGAGUCUCCAUGCAACUCCCCACGUAGCUCCCCACGUGAGCCUGCGCGUGACUCUCCGGGAAGAGGACUAUGUGAUUCCCCUUCUCGCCCCAUCAGCGCCGCUUCUUCCGUGUACUGAUGUGUCUUCCUCACUCCGUUCACAAUGGCCAACACUGAACUGAAUCAACUACAAAUCAAAAUGUAUUGCAUAAUGGGUUAGUUGUUAUGUACCUUGAUGAUGAAUGGGCCGAUACUAUCCCACUGACUGUAAAUGAUUCCCUAAUGUAAUUACAAGUCAGCAGGUGUCUGACACUUGAUUCCUGGUUCCUUGCUUUAUCACAGUCCCCAAGACAGAGAUUCCGAGCCCCGUGACUUCAGCCCAGAGGCGGCAAUAUAGCUUGGGGUCAAUCCUGCUUGAGAGCACUGAGCUGGAUUACUGGAGAUCCUGGGUUAAAAUCUUGGUAUAAGCCACCCAAGAUUUAUCUAGGAUCUCAAGUGUAGAUAAUAGUCUCAUCCCAAACACCAAUAACUGUACAAAAACACAGAUAAUUUUUUUUAUUCAUUUGGCACGAAACAUUCCACCACUGAAAACAAAUAUUUCCAUAUGAAUGCCAUGCAAUGAAUAUAUUAUCCACCACUAGUAUAUGCAUUGAAGGGAUCUCAUGAGUAGGUCUGUGAUGUCCAUCUUCUGAAGGCUGUUCUCCUAACACAGGGUGAUGUUCCACUGCUGUUUGCUAAAGCUCUGAAUAGUUAUUCCAUCAUCUCGUGACAACAAUAAAAAAUAUUUCAACCCAAAAUUAAAUGGCGCUGGCUCAUUGCUCUCACUUGGCCAUUGUAAACCCUUGGCCAUUGUAAAAGGAUGUAACCGCUUAGUGCAGCCAUAAUGAGCACGUGUCAUUAUUUGAACCAUUGUCAUAAUUAUCAGCCAUGAUCAAUCCACUGCUGAAGCCACAUCUUAUGAUUCUAAGAUCCACCUGCUUCAUACCCCCCCAUCUCAGAUGUAUUCGAUUCCUUGGCUUCCCAGGCCAUUAUUAUUGAUAAUUGGCGAUCAUACCUUGUAGCAAAGUGUCCUCCCCAAGACUUUUCUUAACAGUUUUAAUUAUUAAAUUGACCUUCAUAUGUUUGAGGCAUCAUUCCAUGAUUGUGGUAUGUCAUUUCAGUGUAAACAUACCAUGAACAAAUCUGUUAAUUUGUUCCAUAUGGUCCAGCUUUUUAUUUUAUUCAUCAAAAUAUUUGUUCUGGAUAAUAAUGCUUUGAGAGGGUGUCCAAUAUGUCAAGUGAUACAUACAGAGCAAGCACUUACUCGUUGAUGAUGUGCAUUGUUAUACCAUCUGGUGUAGGAGCUUUUCCAAUUUGUAUUACUUAUGGGUUCCAAAAUUUUAAAAAAACGUGUAAUGAAAAAGCCUGCUAUUUAAAGAGACAUGUCUUAACUAGCUAUAUAUUUAUUCAUUUACUCUCUGAGAUGCAGUGCUACAAUAUUUACUGUAGUAUCGUGGAAACAUUUAUAUUUAAACAUUUAUCAAUGCUGAAAGUUGCAAGCAUUUUAUGAAUAAUGGGUGACUGUCAAACUUGUUAUUGUUUAUGAACACAUACUCUUUACGGUCGUGAAGCUCAUGACUGCUGCGACUUCUCACACAAAGCCAGAUGCUCCAGCCACAGUUAUCGGCCAUGACAGAUCAUGGGUCAAAGCAAAAAUUGUUGUUAAAAGAUGUUGAACAUACGUUAGCAAAACUUUAGGAGUACCGAUUUAUGUAAAUAUAAAUAAGCUCAAGCCUCCCAUAAAUCACGUGACAUAUGCGACCAUCCCCAUACUCCCUCCCUUCUCCACGUCCCGUGUGAGAAGGGACACGUCUGGGCAGUAUCCAGGCCAUUAGGUAGCCUUUCUUCCCUACCAUCUAUCCUGACCCUUCUUAGUCGACAAUUUACAUUAAUUUUCCACUUUUUUCUACGUUCCUUUGUCUUCCUUACAUAAUUCCCUUGGCUCUUGUGGUGUGCUAUGGGCAAACGGUUGCGAGUAUGGCUGAGUGAAUUAUUUGAUAGGCAAUUCAUUUCAAAUUGUUAUCACGUAAUUCACUUGUAUUUACCACAUUAAGAAAUUGGAACCACAAUAUUUGUGUCACCUCAGUACCGACGAGUGACGUAUCUGGUCUCAGCUCAAGGACUACGAAAAAACGAAUUCCCAUUCUUGUUUAGCAGCAGCCGAUGAUUGGCUGUGGCUUAAAAACAUGCAAAGCAAUGCAUGCUUGCCUUGUAACUAGCACCCUGGCAUCCGCGUUGGCAGCACCACCACGGAAGGUGCACAAGGGCCACAUCCAGAGUUACCGUGGGUGGAGGUGGCAGUGGCAGUAACCACACACGCUCGGGGCUCGGAAGCAGAGCGAGCGGGAAUAAUGACAGCGAAGGAGGGUGACCGUGAGACAUUCGGCUGUUAAGUGAAAAUCCACAUUAUAUACUGCGUUGAGGCAUUUUUGGACACACAAAAAAAACAAUUAGCAGGGGCUCAUCUGCCUGGGUUUAAGGAUACACUAUCGCCUCUGGUCUCAGCUCCACAAUGUUGGUUGUGUAUAGAUUCACACUCCCAGCGAUUCGAUGAGUCAUUACGAUUUGGGUCGUGGUUUGAUUGAAGAAUUCAUUAUUGUCCCAUUAUUACCGUCUCAUUUAUAUCGUUUAAUGUUCCGUGUCGUUUGCCCAGUAUUGUUAACUCUGUUAGCCUGAAUGUAACGUGCGCAUAUCAUUUGCAUGAUCACACUUAUGAUUUGAUGCAUAUAUUAGUGUAAGAACCGAUAUUAGUAAUGAUUUAUGCAUCAUUAUACGUCCCAACUGGAGUUUUUUGGUUUGCUGAAUGUAGGAUCGUAACGUUUCUUUGCUUGCGGUGGAUUUUUCCCCUGAAAAAAAAGUGUUUCCGCAAAUAAAAUAUUUAAACCCUCCACAAUUGUAAGCACUGUAAAACCCUUUUACGUAAAUUCUGUUUAAGUACUGAUUGCAAUUGAAACUUUUUCAUUGUUGGACCACUGCACCAGCAUGUGAAGCUGCUGCUCGUUAAAGACCAACCCCAAACAAAUGUCUCAUUAUGCCUCUAGAUCUAUCGGAACUGUGCAGUACUGUACUGUAUACAUACCUGUCAACCCCUUAUUAGUGCCUACCUCAUUACAGACCAAUUCAGACCUUAUUGGUCACCCCGUGCCCUUAUAAGUCUCAACGUUCAUCCUACAA